GAAGACUUGCUUAAAAGGUUCAUCACGACGAGCAGUCACUUUGUCACUUAUAGCCAAGAGUGGAGACGAUGGAUGCUGUACGGAACACACUGACACAGGUGUGGGCAGUGCGACAAACUGUCGUGUUUGUGGUCACACCACUGGCUUUUCUGCCGUUAAUUUUUCAAUAUGAUUCACAGGAAGCCAAGUGUGCGUACGCUCUGGCACUCAUGGCUGUCUAUUGGUUGACGGAGGCACUGCCGCUGCCUGUCACCGCACUUCUGCCGGUGGUGCUGUUCCCCCUGCUCGGGGUCAUGCCCGUAGCCGCGGUGUGCAAGAACUACAUCAAGGAUGCGUCCAUGUUUGGCAUCGGCGGCCUGACGUUCGCCAUUGCAAUAGAGUCCAGUAACCUUCACAAGCGGAUCGCUCUUCGGAUUCUUUUGCUUAUGGGUUCGGAUCCCAUGUGGUUGAUGCUGGGUUUCAUGCUGCCGACAUGGUUUAUGUCUAUGUGGGUCAGCAAUACCUCCUCUACCGCUUUGAUGAUACCUGUCGUCACAGCUGUCCUCGACCAGCUCAAGGACACCCGGUUUCAGAGCACCCCUCCUUCAGCUGAGAUCAACGCGAAUGUAAUUUCUCUUUUGAAAGAAGAGGAAUCAGAUAAGAAAAUUCAACCAUUAAAAGGACAUGACGAUGCAGUGCACCUGCCCAAGGAUGGGACAGGUAAUGCACCCACCCCGAUGUCGCUUGUAGCCAGUCCUGCCCGCUAUAAAAGAAUUUGCAAAGGGAUGUCUCUCUGCAUCGCUUAUGCGGCUAACAUCGGGGGGACUGGUUCCCUGUCCGGCACUUCGCCCAACCUCAUCAUGCAAGGGCAGGCGCAAGGGCUGUUCCAAGAAUAUGGUUUGGACUCUGGGGUGAACUUCACUUCCUGGAUCAUCUUUGCUCUGCCAGGCUCCGCCAUUUGCUUAUUUCUGACCUGGAUGGUGCUGUCGUGCAUUUUCUUCGGGCCUAGAAAUUGUAUCAAGAGAUCAAAGAGCAAAGUGGGAGAAACCCAAAUAAAGAACACGAUUCGCCAGCAGUAUGAGAAGCUGGGACCAGUCACCUUUGCUGAGAAGGUGGUGAUGGGUCAUUUCCUGGUGCUCAUAAGUCUCUGGGUAUCCCGCAACCCACCCGAAACUCGUGGAUGGGGAUCUUUGUUUCCACCAGGGUUCGUCGGGGACUCUGCCGCAGCCAUCCUCGUGGCUGUAUCUCUCUUUGUUUUCCCAGCAGAGCGCCCUCAAGUCUUCUGGUGGCGCAAGGAUGACAGCGUCCCAAGAGCUGUGCGUUCAGUGAUGACUUGGGAAACACUACAAAAGAACUACCCUUGGGGUGUUUUACUACUCCUAGGGGGUGGAUAUGCCUUAGCCAGCGCCUGCGAAGAGUCAGGAUUGUCUCGUUGGAUCGGUGACCAACUCACAGUCUUCAGCAGUCUUUCUCCGUGGCAACUAGCACUUGUCCUUAGUGGCAUCAUUGCCAUGGCAACAGAAGUCACCAGCAACACUGCAACCGCCUCUCUGCUUGUACCGAUCUUAGGACAGCUGGCCCUGAACCUUGGACUCAACCCUUUGUACCUGUUGUUCCCCUGCACAAUAGCAACGUCCUUCGCCUUCAUGCUGCCCGUGGCAACGCCUCCUAACACUCUUGUCUUCAGUACCGGUCACCUUGAGGUCAAGGACAUGGUCGUUGCUGGUUUUUUCGUCAACAUCUUGUGUGUUCUGGUGGUCAACAUGGCUGCUAACACGUGGGGGAUGGCAUACUUCCGGUUCGACGUUCUUCCGGUGGAAAUGAGGGCUGCAGUGAACAACUCGCUGAGAUUCACUACAGGAACGAGCAACGAAAGUGACCUCCACAGCGUUACCAGCCGGGUACUGCAGCCUGGAAUUUGAACAACUAGAAGAAACCUUCUCUUCCACAGUUACAUAACAGCACAUUCAUUUUAUCUCGUUUAACUACCCCUGUAGAGAGACCCACAAUGCGGAAGUCGGUGGACAGAAGCAGGGCCGGUUCUUGGGUAUGUUCCACCCUCGGGGCAAGACGAGUUCUGUACAGCCACCUCCCACUCCUUACCUCCCCAAAGAAACUCCACACCACUUAUAAAACCCUCAACAAUUAAUUUAUAGUUCUAGUCAUAAAAUUAAAACUUAAAAUCUUACAUUCCCUGCUUUUACGGGAGAUAGUGGAAAUAAGUUGACUCUUACGUGAAGAAGUAUUCAUGUCAUUAAUUAUAAAUAAAACGUCCAUUAGUGAAAUCUGUAUAGUGAGGUGACGACUUUUUGAAAUCCAUUUAUUCAGGAUUCAUCACUCGAGUUGUACCAGUUGUCUAUAAGCUAUAAAUAUAACCCUGCGUGGUUUGGCCAGUCCUUUCUUUUAUGCUAUUGAGCUAAGUUUUACAUGUUCAAGGUACCUUGAAGGUCGGGGUUAGGGUUAGGACUGCUGGCAGACGAUUUUAUUUCCAGUUUACUGCUAAAACGAGGCAUUUGUGUACAAAGCUUCCGGUUUAUCCACAUUUCAGAUUAAUAUU